CGCCACGCCACCAGUAGCGAUGUAAGCUCUGGCACGGGCGGAAGAAGCUGCCUGUGGUGUCCGACCCCAGAAGGCAGCUGCGGUGUCGCUGUGAUCAUGGCGGACGAAGAGGAGGAUCCGCCUUUUGAAGAAGAUACGGAAGAAGCUGGAGGAGGGCCAGAUGGUGGACAGGGCAAAAGGAAGCGGCUAUUCUCCAAAGAAUUGAGAUGUAUGAUGUAUGGAUUUGGAGAUGACCAGAACCCGUACACAGAGUCGGUAGAUAUUCUUGAAGACCUAGUCAUAGAAUUCAUCACAGAAAUGACCCACAAAGCAAUGUCUAUUGGACGGCAAGGUCGAGUACAAGUUGAAGAUAUCGUCUUCUUGAUCCGUAAAGACCCCAGGAAGUUUGCCCGUGUAAAAGACUUGUUAACAAUGAAUGAAGAACUGAAACGGGCCAGGAAAGCAUUUGAUGAAGCAAACUAUGGCUCUUGAACCUUUUGUGAUGCAGGUAGAUGACAAGGGCAAGAAGCCCCCCCCCCCCCCCCAAUCUCAUUCUUCUGACUUGCCCUUUAGCUGAAAGCCAGGAAAUAGCUUGGACCUGAGAACCUGCAGUCUUGCUCAGAUGUAACUCAUAUUUUCAAAAUGUAGCAUUGUAUUUGUCUCAUUGAAGUUUUCAGGAGUUUCACACAAAUAAUUUUAGAAGGGGAAUGCUCAAAUCCAUCUCCCAACAUUUGAGCAAUUUGUAGUGGGUUUUUUUUUUUUAAAAAAAAUUGUAGCAUGUAGGUAACCAGAAUGCCAGACAAGAACCACACCACACUUAUUCUUUAGAACUGUGUUUGUGUGGAUUUGUAAAUAAGCUGCCCAACACAGUAUUUUUAUUCAAAAUCAAAAUGUUUGGUCGCUGUUCUUGAGGGGUUAAGUUUCAUGAGGCUUCAGGCCAUAGUCAGUUUCAGUGCAGAGCAUUGCUUCUGAAACAUGGAUAGCAGCGGGUGCAUUCACAACUGCCUUCGCAAAUAGUAGUAGUAAAUGGGUGCACAUGCACCAAAAUUAGUAGGAGUGUUUUUAUGGAGCGUGGACUGUAUAGAAUGACUUUACUGACUAGAGUGUGGGUCAGUGCUGGUUGAUAGGGUAGGUAAACAUGUACCCUUAAUGAUGGUGGUUAUUUUCAUGUUUGGACGAUAAUACAAUCCUGCCCUUCCCAAAUUUCUUAAGUGGUAAUUCUAUGCUAACUUUCAGGCUCUGUGAAAGAUGGGAAGCACACUGCUAUGCAUAGCCGUAGGUUAAACAGAACAAUUACGAGAGCCAAUAUUUUGAUUUUGUAACACCUGUUGGAAUAAAUGGACCCUUGAUAGGGAAUUCUGCUUUUCUUUUA